AUAAAUUAAGGAAGUGCAAUUUAAUGAGCUUACAAAAUGGCCAACACAUUUUGUGAAUGUUGCAAAACAAUUAAUUUUUAAUUGAAGAACUGUCAGUGCGAGAAAUGAAUUCCCCAAACACAAACAAACAGCCUGUCAUUUCUUUACAUCAUUUGCGAGUAAUUUGUUUUUCUUGUUCCAGUUCUAGGAGUCAUAAUGUACUUGAGAGUGUAACAUUUCGGUAGCUAGAUAUGCAGCUCGUCAAUUGACGCACACUGCACUACAUAACAGUACACUACACUUCACUAAAUAUUGAUGCUUGUCUUAGAAUCAUUGCUGUUUAGUGCGAAGCAGAUACUUGAAGUUAAAACUAUUACUUAAGAGACUCGAUUGGAUAUGGAAGGGCAGCGAGUAAAUGCAAGUCAAGCACAUUACUGUUAAGAACACACUUACACACAUAAGCACACACACAUACUCUUACCCACACUCGCGUAGUCGCACAAUCGAACCGAAGUGAACGAAACCAAAGAAACCGCCGCGCGUUUCGCUCGUCUGAUAAGAAAAAAUCGACGCGUCGGGAAACGAGACGAGCGACGGCAGCGGCCACAGUGCCGCAGUUCCAGUCCCAUUGCCAGUGCCAGUGCCAGAGUCAGCAGUGCCCGUGUGUGCAAGUGGCAGUUCUUAAACAGUCAACAACUAACCAACAGACCAGGCAACCAGCCAAACAGUCGACCAACCAAACAACCGUACGAUCCAAUCUAGCGCUAUCUGUAGACAGUGCCGCCUGCAUCAAACGUUGUGAAUAGAAUAUAAACUAAAAACAGAACUCGUGCCUCGUGAUUAAACAUUUCCGCCUCUUUGCCGCGGCAGGCCGUAGAAGGUUGGAUCAUUCGGUGAGCGGUAUUCGUACUCGUUACUCGCGACUCGUUACUCGCGUUACUCGUUAUCCUCGCGAGUGUAAAUCUUGUGCUAAUAAUAUUUAUAUUAUUAUUAUAUAGUUGAAAAUUUAAUGUAAUUUAUUACUAAAUGCAGGCACAUUAAUGCAACUAGUUAAUAUUUAACCACGGUAAAGUGCCUGAAACCCCCUCCAACAAAAAAGCGCAUACGACACGUGUGACAAUCCGCCCGCCCUCUUCCCUUUCGACAAAGAGAGAGAUAGAGUAAAAACCAAAAAGGGAAAAUUGAAAAAUCAGAAAUUACGGCAAUCAUCUGUGCUGAGCUUGCUGCUUUUGUUGUUGCGGUUGCUGUAGUUGUUGUGGUUGCUGGAGUUGAGAGCGUAAGCGUGCAUGCAACUGGCUUUAGAGAUGAUGCAAACCCUGAAACCGCCACCGCCGCUGCAUCAACAUCAACAUCAUCACCAGCAUCAGCAUCAGCACCAGCUCCAACACCAGCCGCAGCCACAGCCGCAGCAACAGCAUCUGUCAGUCAUGGAUAAUCACCAGCAUCAGCAUCCACAUCCACAUCCGCAUCAGCAGCAUAUUCAUCAACAGCAGCAGCAGCAGCAACAACAAUUGCCGCCCACGCCGCAGGCAUCGCACCUGCUUGCCGGACAGCACAAUCAUCAACAGCAUGCUGGAGUCGGCGUCGGUGUUGGAGUCGGCGUCGGUGUCGGAGUUGGCGGUGUGGUGCCUGUCGACCAGGAUGACCCAAAUCCAGAGUUGGUGCUCGCUUUGAUUUCAAGGAAUCGAGCGCUUGAGGCAACGAUACCAAAGUGUGGCGGAUGCCACGAACUGAUCCUCGAUCGCUUCAUACUCAAGGUGCUGGAGAGGACAUGGCACGCCAAGUGCCUGCAAUGCAGCGAGUGCCACGCCCAGUUGAACGACAAGUGUUUCGCUCGGAACGGGCAGCUGUUCUGCAAGGAGGACUUUUUCAAACGUUAUGGUACGAAGUGUUCCGCUUGUGAUAUGGGAAUACCGCCAACGCAGGUGGUGCGUCGUGCCCAGGACAAUGUCUAUCAUCUGCAGUGCUUCCUCUGCGCCAUGUGCUCGCGCACCCUCAACACCGGCGAUGAGUUCUAUCUGAUGGAGGAUCGCAAGCUCAUCUGCAAGCGUGACUACGAGGAGGCUAAGGCGAAGGGUCUCUAUUUGGACGGCUCGCUGGACGGUGAUCAGCCGAAUAAAAGGCCGCGGACCACAAUCACCGCUAAGCAGCUGGAGACUCUGAAGACCGCGUACAACAAUAGCCCGAAACCCGCCCGACAUGUACGUGAACAACUGUCCCAGGACACGGGUCUCGAUAUGCGUGUGGUGCAAGUCUGGUUUCAGAACAGGCGCGCCAAGGAGAAGCGCCUGAAAAAGGAUGCAGGACGCACUCGAUGGAGCCAAUACUUCCGCUCAAUGAAGGGCAACUGCUCGCCCCGCACUGACAAAUUCCUCGACAAGGAUGACCUGAAAGUGGAUUACGACAGCUUCAGUCAUCAUGAUCUUAGCAACGAUAGCUACAGCACCGUCAAUUUGGGCCUGGACGAAGGCGCCUCGCCGCACAGCAUACGCGGUUCCUACUUGCAUGGCAGCUCGAGUCCAUCGCAGUAUCCUCCGAGCAGUCGCUCCCCGCCAGCGGUGGGCCAAAGCCACACGUUCGGCUCAUAUCCCGACAAUAUUGUAUACACUAAUAUUGAUCACGCUGUGGGUGCUGGAAUGCAUCCCAACAAAUCACAUCAUCGCCUGCACAGUAGCAACAAUGUUUCAGAUUUAAGCAACGAUUCUAGUCCCGAUCAGGGCUAUCCUGACUUUCCUCCCAGUCCCGACUCCUGGCUCGGCGAUUCGGGGAGCACCAACAACACCAGCAUCAACAACAACAACAACAAUGCAAGCAGUAAUAAUAACAAUAGCAACAAUAAUAAUAACAGCAGUGGCACAAACACGGGAUCCUCCGGAAACGGAAGUGGGCCAACAUCCAAUUCAAAUGCAACCGCAGCCGCAACUCCCAAUCCUGCAACUCCCGGCGUUCAUUACUGAUACUCAAAAUUACUUUUGCGUUAUUUUGAAAUGCAAUCACGCAAUUUUCUGCAGCUCGCAGCUGCCCAACAGCAGCAGCAACAACAAAAGCAUACAUCGCAGCAGCCUCAAUAGCAGCAGCAGCAGCAGCGGCAGCAGCAACAACAUAACAGUCGGUUACGACGCCAUUUUAAAAGCUUUUGUGCACUUAACAGCGCUGGACGAGAGCAAAAGCUUUACACUUAACAGCGCUGGCAUUUGGCAAGCAAGCUUUUACAUUUACAUUUUUUGUUUUUGUUUGUGACUGCAUUAAAUCAAGCAUUAUUAUGCACUCAUUUUUCUUACUUUUACUAAUUAAUGUAACACAAUUUGCUCAAGAAUUCUAUUUAGUUAAAACUUAAAAAAAUUGAUAAACCUUAAAACCAAGCAAAACAAAACAAAACCAAAUACUUAAUGACGAUAUGAAUAGUUUUGAGUACAAGCAUUGUACUUAGAAGUACAUAGUACAUACCUAGAUGAUGAUUGCGAUGGUGGUAAUUAUGUAUCCCAGGUCUAAAUGUUAUACCGAUUAUUACCCGCUUUUGUUUAUAUAAUUUUUAAGUUUGAUUAUUUAAUGUAUGUAAAUAUUGUAUAUUUGUGUAUAGUGAAAAAAAAAACAAUGGAGAACUACAUUUUAAAUAACACUAAGUCUGUAUAGUGGGGA